AUGAGCGUCUACGACUGGGUCACGCACACCAAGGAGGUCGUGGCCUUUGAAGGCGACGUCACGACGUGGCACAUCAUGUCGAGUGUCUACGCUUCCAAGCCGACGCCGGUACCAACGUCAAUGUCCUCCAGCCUGGCCAUCUACAUUUGGUACGGCGCCGCGGUCACUUCAGCUGGUUUGCUUGCUGUCGCGCUCGUUGUCGUCGCUCUCUGGCUCGCGUAUCGACCAUACGACUGCGACUGGUUUGUCUUCAACCGCAUCGCGGGUUCCACGUGGCUGAGUCGAAGUCUUUUGGUCUUGCGCGGUGUGACAGCAGCACUUUGCCUCGCGUCAGUGCCAUUAGCAGCAACAACGCGUCUCGGCGUCGUCGCCUUCCAGGAGGUGCCACGGUCCAUCUGGGUCUCUGCGCUUUUGGCCGGUGAAACUACGUGGUUAGCGUACGCUACGCAAGAGCUGCUGCAUCCGAUGACACAAUCAAUGACGCGCCUCUCAGCCGGGGUGAGCACCGCCAUGGCAUGGCUACUCGUCCUUCUUCUCGACGUCUUGGCGCCGGUGCACGCGACGGCAUCGAUGGACCAAAUGUGCUAUACGGUGAAUAUGGUCAACUUUGUCUUCUGCGACAGCGGCAAGCUUUUUCUCGGUCACUGGACGCGGACAUUUAUUGUCCUUGGUAUCAACGUUGGCGGUGCGGUUAUCGCAGCUAUGGCAGCAACCUUGUUCACAGCACCGAGUCCGCCAUCCCUGUCUGCGUCAAGUGCGCUUUGGACAGGACUGUCGACCUGCUUUCUCAACAGCGAGGCGGGAACUACAAACCCCGUCACAGCGUUCAUGGGGGGUCUCCUUUACAUUCGAUGCGGUGUCUUUGACGUCACGCGGACGCACCACACCCUCUUGCUGCUUGGUCUCGGCUACACUGCGUUUACGCUGUUUGGCAACAUUGCGUUUCUCUCCAUCAUUCAAGAGAGUCUCGCCAACGAUUUUUUCUGGGGUGGCUUCAACAGCUCGAGCACGCACGCGUACUUGGCAACAAGGGCUAAUGAGCUGCUGCUCACGACGACCGAGGCUCCUCUGCACCUCGAUGACCCCCGUCUUCUCGACCACUCUCGCUUCUACAACGGGUCCGAAGGCACGAUCAUCUGGAGCAGCACAGUAGCUCGUCGAGCGCUAUUCCAGUCGACUACAACACUAGAGAUUGCGGUGGCCAACCUUCGCCGCAUGGAUCCGUGCCUCCUGCCGUGGAUGUUUACGCAGUACUGCUGGCUCGACCUCAACCAAACGUGGGAGAUGGCAAGCACGCAAGGUCGACAGAGACGGUGUGUCUCCGACAGAAUGACCAACGGCGCCGUGUACCUCGAGCUUCCGCUGCGCAACGUCAACGACUGGGCUGCUUGGGAUCGUUGCUGGGGCGAUUCUUUUGAUGUUGGUUUUGGAAAGGAGCUGUCCACAGCCCUCGGUGGCCGCCAAUGGCUUGCGUCGCUUACUGACACCGCUCUCUCCGCUGAUCAAGAGGUCCGUGCGUGGCGUCAGCACCAGAUUUCUCACUUUACACUGCAGUGGCAAAACUACAAGACGAUUGGUUUCGACGAUGCGCUGACGAUCGAGACGGCGCUUGGCCUCUCGUACCCUCUGGCCCUGAGUUACAUACCCGCCUCGAUGCAUACCAAGCACCAGACUUCCUACAUGAUGUACUGGACAUUCGCAAGCGACCUCUGGGCCGUCAGCUCCAACACUACAAGCAUCAGUGGCCGAAGCUUGUUGCGGGGCAGCGCCAACUUUGCGUUUCGGAACGUGUCCAACUGGGGCCUUCUCGUCGAGAAUCGCACUCUGACGUCGCCAUUUCCGAGCGACAUUGCGUCGCUCGAGUCGUCUCUGGGUCCGUUCAAUGCCAUUGACAUGGUGUACCUUAUGCCACCGCCGUCUCUCCUCGAGUUUUACGCCGGCGUCAGUAGUGCCCUAGCUUCCCUCCUCCUUCGCGACCCCAACGCCCAAACUGCGUUUCUGUCGCUGCCUGUCAAGUACAAUCUCGUCGCAUCUCCACGCUUCUUGCUCGACGACCUCUCGAUAUUGCUUGGUGGCGGCAACCUCUUUUGUGGUAUCGACAACGGACUCUUAUCCGGUGCUACGGGCCUCUACAGUCUCUUUACAGCGACGAGUCCAUGUCGCUUCAUUGCCAACGAAGUCAUGUUUCCGUCCCGACUCCAGCUCCUCUUUGCGUUUCUCGGCUUUGAGAUGACCCUAGCCCUCAACACCACCUCGGAUCUCAACCAUAUUUGCGCGUUGGACACGACUAUCGUCGCCAACUGCGCGGGGGACUAUGCUACCUUUUACAAUUUUUCACUGGAACGCGCUCUCGAUUUUGUGUCCCUAGCUCACACGGCCAAGUUACUGUACGCGGACGUUAUCGACCACAACAUAUCACUGGUGCAGUACGCCGUUGGGGGUCAACUAGGUCCAGGUAGCUUGCUUUUGAUUCCGCUCCUCGACAACGACGACCGCGGCUGGAGCUUCUACGGCUGGUGCAGCCUCUACGAGUGGGCCAUCGGCAUGCGCGAAGUCGUUUCUUUCCAAGGUGACGCCGGCACCAUCACGACCAUCUCGGGGGGCACGGCUUCCAACGCAAUGGCGCCCGAUGCCGCGCAACGACGAGCGAGCUACGCCGCCUUGCUGCAGCAGGGCGUCGCGUACGUCACGAUCGUCAUGAUUUUCAUCAUGAGUCUUGUCUUCUUGAACGCGCUACGCUCCCGCGGCCGCCUCGAGAGCCGCAAUCUCUUUUGCAUCAACCGCGUCGUCGGCCUCGUGUGGCUUGGCCGCCCCUUGCUGCUCUUGCGCAGCAUCACGGCGCUCUGCCUCCUCAACACGAGCGUGGCCGACGUCGUUCAAGUCGGUGCGGUGACGCACUUUGCCUUGCCCAAGCUGCCGUGGUACAAGACGGUCCUUGGCGCCUCCGAAGUGACGUGGCUCGUCUACGUGCUCAACGACCUCUUGAGCUGCGCCACGCACCACUACACGUCGCUCUACGCGUUCAAGAGCUCCAACCUCGCGUGGCUCGUUCUCAUCUGCGUGACGUCCAUCCACCCACUCGCACCUACCGGCAAGCUGCAGCGGGCCUGCGACGCGCGCGACAUGGACGCGGCGCUUGUCUGCACCAGUGGCUAUAUUGCUAUCGGCAGCUACGCACGUCUCCAAGCCACCGUCGGCAUCGCGUUUGGCUGCGUCUUGAUGGCGUACGCCGUGGAGCGCUGGCGCGUGCCGCGCUUGGCGUCGGCGCUGCCAAAGACGCUGCUGCUCAAUGCGCAGAGCUUGUACAUGCUGAGCUGGACCCACUGGCGUCACGGCGACGAGUUCUUUCUCGAUUCGUCCUCGGGCAUCAUGGCCGGCUUGCUCUCGCUGCAGCACAAGGACACGUGGUACAUCUUUGACACCAAAACGUGGCGCCUCCUCAUGCUGCCAACCGCACACGAUUGCGGUCGCUUCAAGCACGCCAUUCCGCUCUCUAAGCACUGA